AUGCAUAUUGUCUGGAAAGAAGAGGCGGAUGCUGCCACGUACGAAGAUGCUAGGGUGGGCCGAGUCUUCAAUCACCGCCGCCCGGACCGAUUUCCACUGGCGGUCGUGAAGGCUUGCUCCUCUGAAGAUAUUGUUGCUGCCGUGAAGCUGGCCGUGGAAAGAAAGUGUCGUGUCGCUGUGCGAUCCGGAGGCCAUUCCUGGGCGGCGUGGAGUGUUCGAGACAACUCUAUCCUGAUUGACUUGGGGAACUACAAAAGCAUCGAAGUAGACGCGGAGAACCGUGUAGCACGUGUUUCAACUAGCAUGACAGGACGUGAGAACUGGGGUUGGGCUUGCGAAAGAGUCCAGGGACUCGAUGUGGUAACUGCGGAUGGCGACUUGGUUCACUGCAAUGCCUCUCAAAACCAAGAUCUAUAUUGGGCAGCCCGUGGGGCCGGCCCAGGAUUCCCCGGUGUUGUGGCCAGGUUCCAUCUCGACCUGAUUCCGUAUCCAGAAAAAGGCUUUCGAUCAGCUGGCUACAUCUAUCCAAUCAGUCUUUAUCACCAAGUUUUCAAAUGGAUCAUAGCUAUUGCACCUUCCUUCGACAGCGAUACAGAGAUUGCGGUAGUCUCACAAUACCCCGAAGGCGCAGAUGAGAUCUCACUUUUUGUUCUAUUUGUGACCAUGAAGCAUAGCCCCGAAGAAGCAGAAAUGGCACUGAAACGGGCGCAAGAGACCAGACCAACUGGGACGACUAGCGAGUGGUUUUGCAAUGAAGACAGCCUCGAUAAUCAGUAUAACAACCAGGCCAAUGCAAACCCGGAGAAGCAUCGCUACUGCACUGACAAUGCGUACAUUGACAACGACGCGGAUGUCCCGAGAGUCUUGGAGGAGGCAUUUACGACACUUCCGCAUCGCAAGGCGUUCUCGCUAUGGUAUGCAAUGAACCCCUGUAGCCGAAGGAAGCUCCCAGAUAUGGCUUUAAGCAUGCAGUCGGAUCACUAUUUCGCGUUGUAUACGGUAUGGGAGGAUGAGUCAGACGAUACUCGCUGUCGUGCAUGGGUGAAGAAUAUUAUGGAAAAGGUUGAGCGUCAUUCAGUGGGCGCCUACUUAGGAGACUCGGACUUUCAAGUUCGACGCACGAAGUUCUGGGCCGAUGAUAACGCUAAGCGAUUGAUGGAUAUUCGCCGCAAGCGGGACCCCCAGGGCAGGAUUUGCGGAUAUCUAGACCGAGAGGACUUGUCGGGAGUGAAUGGCUUGGCCAAUAUUCACGAGUGGAAGUUGUGA